AUGAAAUUCCUUGCUAUCUUAUCAUUGUCUAGCUCUGCUCUUGCUACUAUCUCAUCAAUUCAAUUAUUUGCUAAAUCUAGCGACUCAAAAGUUGAUGGUCUUGGUUUAUACUCCAAACAUGAAGGUGCUGCCAUCGAUUACUUGUUCCUUAGUAAGAACGGUGCUGACUUGAAAUACGAUGACGAAAAGAAACAAAUCUACCAAGAAUUGAAAACCGCCUCCCUCACUGUUAGACAACUGUUCACCUUGGGUGGUGACGUUUACGAAUUAGGUGCCACCGACAAUUUCAUUCCAGUCACCAUUAACAAGGAUGGUACUCUUAGCUUUACUGGUGAUGACAAAGUUUUUGCUUCAAAGAAUGUCAACGAUCCUUACAGUUACUCUAACAGUGAAUAUGCUGUUUCUAACAAACAAACUGAUGACAGUGCUCCAAUCACUAUUGUUGCCAAGUUCACUGAUGGUAAUGCUGCUGCUUCCAGUGAUGUUGCACAAGCUUCAAGCAGUGCUAGCUCAGAACAAGCCACCGUUUCAAACUUUGAAGGUGCUGCUGGUCAAAACAAAUUAAGCUAUGGUGUUGGUAUGGCUGCUGUUGUUGCUGGAUUAGUCUUGUAA